AUGAGGAUGUGGCCCUUUCGACGACGGAGGAGCAGCCGGAAGCAACCUCAUGGUGGGGCGCCGCCCUCGAGGGAGAUCACUAUGCAUAAUGCAGGGACACUAUCGAACCCUGUGAGGCAUGAAGGAGCCGAAAUCACCUCCUCAGUGCCGGAAAGAAGAUUGAGCAGGAGAGAUCAAAAGCGGAGGGCCUCAAGAGAAUCAAAGAAAUUAAAGAAGCGCACCUACUCAUUCUCCCCCGGAAGACAAGAUUCGAUAAAGCUUGCAAGGGAUGCGAUCCCGCCUCCAGUCCCACAGAUCCCUUCAAAUAUUCAGGGUCGUCCAACGAGGACGAAUAGUGAAAGGGACUUUUCUUCGACGCCCCUCCCAAAACCCCAUCGAUCGAGUACGCAAGCGCCACAAGCAUCACAAGAGUGGCAGAGGAUGCCUACAUUACACAAGAGAAGUGCACAGGAGCUAGCACAGAGGAAGUCUCACAAGAAACGAAAGGAGGAACAUGAUCGAGAAGUAGAAAUUAAGGCCAUGGCGGCAUUUAUGCCCACGCGACCAGCAGCAGAGCUCAAUUCGACUGGAAGACUGAUGAAAAGAGAGAGCAAGAGAAUGCGUCAAGGAUUGAACCGAAACUUACAGAACCCCUCUUCAGAUAUAUCCCUCCCUACGGCGGAAUCUAUGCAUUCGUCCCUAUCUUCAGGUUCGGGACGCCAAACAUCGUACAAACUCUCCGCUUUGGAUAUGCUGGCACCCCGACCAACAAUCAGGUGUUCCGAGAAUCAUCGCUAUGCCCCAGGAGCUAGUGGAUUUGGUUCUGAUAGAUCCGAUUCGAGGAGAAGGAGGGUAUCGGAUCGUGUGACGCUGGAUCAGGAGGUAUUAACAGCCAACAAGCGAAUUGACGAACUUGCAGACGAUUUGAGUGCUGGAGAGCUGCGAGAGCUUAUGGAGCGCGAUAAUAAGAGAAGAGAGAAGAAGAAAAUAGCCGAAAGAACAAAGAUGGAACGAAAACUUGCAAAGAAGCAAGCAAAACAGGAAGCAGAAGAGGCAGCGGCAGUACGAAGUGGGAGUCUACCACCAGCCAACAUGGAGCGGGGAGUAAUGGGAAGAGAAGUGGUUGGUUUGGGUAUUGGCAAUUCAGCAGUGGUCUCACCUUCAACCAAGAGAAAAUCUUCAUCCGAUUCACACAACGGUCGAUCGAAGCGCCUUUCAGAACCUUACCGGGAGGAUUCAAGUGUUCAGGGUUCGUCGGAUAACUUUCAUCGCGGCGAGAAUCUGGCUACCAAAAACUUGCCUCAAGACGAUGUCGCGCGUGCGGAGAUCAUUGUGAAAGCUAACAUGUCUCCCCCAUUAUCACCGCAAAGUCACCGCCGAGAUGCUUCUUAUAUCUCACAGUCAAUGGAUAUUGACACGCCAUCCGCAACUCCAGCACCACCCACAAACUUGGCACCACCAAAAACCGACACUUCCCGGCAAAGCUCUGAAAGUAGCCUGAACCGACGUUCUCGGGGUCCAUCAUCAUGGACCUCGUUCUUCAAACGAUCCAAGACGAAGCGCGAAACCGCACCGUCGUCUUUCUCCAAUACCUCCCGGGACUCGAUGCAGAAUGUUUCAUUUUCACACUCUGCAUACUCCCCGAGACCAUCUAAUGUUCCUAAACGCACCAGGUCAAAAUUCCGAGAGGACCUUCCAGAGCUCCCAAUAUCUCCUCCCGAUUCAAGAGUACAAUCGCCUGAAGCGGACGUUGUACCACCUAUUAGAGAUUACCCUGAGAGACGAUCUGCAUUGGUAAGAUCACCAGAUGACCUGCGUGUACAAGGCGCCACUCCCACCAGUGGACACCGUUCAUUAAAGACACCCUCUCCCGAGCCAGCAGCUGUACUUUCGCAAUCACUUGCAUCAAUUGAUUCGGAAGGCUCAUGGCUUUCUGGCCGAAAAGGUGGCUCCAAGAGAGGAUCUUCACAGAUGCAGAUGCAUCAUAAUCUCCACGAGAGCGCAAGCAGUCUACAAAAACGGUACAAAGAAUAUUCCGAAUCGGCCGAGGAAAUGGGUAUUGCAGAAGAUGAAUACUUUUCUCGUUUAACUCCUGGACCAGAGGAGCAAUACAAGAUUCAGAGAAUAUCUUCUGGAAACCCCAUGCCAUCGAGCGACGAGGAGGAUGGUGGUAGUAUUGCCAGUCCCGUGCCUUCAGAAAACACCAAAUGGGGGGCUGUUGCAAGAACACCAACCGUUGUACACCACGAAACAAGAGCCAAAUCACGAGAAGGGUUACUCAACGAUUACGAAGAUUCCGUCUCUUCAAUAACUGGUACAGACUCGAUCGCAGACUCCAAGCGAAAGAGCUUUGGACUGGAUCAGGUGAUCAAUGAGGAUGGACCAGGUGUGCAUAGAGCUACCAGUGUCGAAUACCGUUCCUCAGGACACGCCAGACGUAUCAGUGCCGGAAGCGCUCGAGUGUUAAAUUUGAAACCCAAGGUUUCAGAAGAAUAA